AUUCGGGAAGCGCCAGGCCCAUGGUCCAACUAACGCGUUUCCCGCACUUACGCACACGCCUCAUCUCUUUAUAUACUUAUUCACACGACACAGUAAUUAUAAAUCUGGGACAGAGAGAGGUUUGUUAACAAAGAUGAUCGAGGUAAUAUUAAACGAUCGAUUGGGGAAAAAGGUUCGAGUCAAGUGCAACGAAGACGACACAAUCGGUGAUCUGAAGAAGCUGGUGGCUGCACAAACAGGAACUAGGGCUGAUAAAAUCAGAAUUCAAAAGUGGUACACUAUUUACAAGGAUCAUAUUACUCUUCAGGACUAUGAGAUUCAUGAUGGCAUGGGUCUCGAACUUUACUAUAAUUAGCUUUAUUAAUAGGUGCUAGGGAGCAAAUUUGAAGAUGAAAAUAUUUCGGCAUGCAACCUUUUGGUCUGAGAUAUUCCACCAGAGCAAGCGUGAUUGCUGGAUGGAUUGAUCAAGUAAAAGAAUUACCCCCAAAAUUGAAAAUUUAGCAGGUUUUGCAAGAAAUUAAGAGGAAAGCUUGUGACUGUGUGAAUGAACUCUGGUCGAAUGAUGUGUUCUGUUAGAAAUGUAAAAAGAUUAAGUUGUUGGAUA